CCCACCUUGUGACAGUGAGUGUAGAAAGAGAUCCUUGCUUCUGAGCUGGUGGAUGGAGCAGAUCUGGUUCCUCUUUUUGCACUUGAGGGCUGCUGUCCUUCUGCUGAGGGGCUGCUCCGGCUCCUCCUCAAACUCCCUGCACCAUCUCUACCUGGGGGUAUCGGAGCCCAUCCCGGGCCUGCCCUGGUUCACUCAGUUGGGAUAUGUGGAUGACCAGCUUGUCACUCGCUAUGACAGCAACACAAGGAGAGUUGACCCUCAAGUCCCCUGGAUGGAGAAGGCGGAGGAUGCCCAGUACUGGGAGUGGGAGACCCAGCAAGCUCAGGAGGCUGAGCUCUAUUUCAGGCAGGCUCUCUUGACCCUCCAGAGUCGAUACAAGCGGAGUGGAGGGCUUCAUACCUGGCAGUGCCUGGUUGGCUGUGAGCUGAGCAAAGACGGGAAGCAGAAAGGAAGGUUUAUGCUGUGCGGCUAUGAUGGGAGGGACUUCAUCCGCCUGGACAAGGAGAACUUCACCUGGACGGCAGCUGAUGAGCAGGCCCAGCUGACCAAGAGGAAGUGGGAGGCUGGACCCACCAUUAAAAGGAUAUGGAAAUACUACCUGGAGAAUACCUGCACUGAGAGACUGCAAAAAUAUAUUAACAAUGAGAAAGAGACUCUGCUGAGGAUAGAGUCCCCAACUGUGAAGGUGGCAUGCAAGCUGGGCCAUGAUGGCCUGGAGACCCUCGUCUGCCGAGCUCAUGGCUUCUACCCCAAGGAGAUUGAUGCCACCUGGAGGAAGGAUGGUGAGGUCUGGGAGCAGGAGACCCUCCGUGGAGGUGUCAGCCCCAAUUUGGAUGGGACCUACCACACCUGGAUCAGCACUGAGAUCCAUCCCAAGGAUAAGAAGCGCUACCAGUGCCAUGUGGAACAUGACAGCCUGUUGGAACCUCUGAACGUGACCUGGGUGGAGCCUGCCUCAGUGCCCGUGGGGGCUAUCUGUGGGGUCGUGGCUUCCAUUCUACUAAUGAUGACUGGGAUAAUUUUAUUCUUAAAGAAACGGCAGAUAUAUAGCAGCACUUACAGAGCAGUAUUAGCACGUGUUCAGGGGCUUGACAGACCUUUCACCCCACUGGAGGAAGGGCGGCAAGAUGCAUCCAGAGCAAGCCAAGAAGCAGCAUCUACUGGUGGGCCUCAACAGCAGGAGGAAGGAGCCCAUCUGUUAAGAAGACCUAAGACAUGGGGCCUGGAGAAGGAAAGGAAGGCAACAGGGGCCAUGGCCAAGCUCCAGAAAGCCAGCACAGUGCUCAAAAACCCAUUUCCUGCCUGGGAUCGCAGCGGCAAGAAGGGCUUUGCCUUCAUUUCCUGCAGGCUCGAGCAGCGACUCCCCAGCUUGCAGAACCACGACAUUUGCUCGGGGGCUCUCUGCGACUGCGAGGGCCAGAGCAGAGGACUGGAGCCUCUGGAGACCGAUCACGGUCCAACUGCCCGCCGUCCACGCACUCUGCUUCACGCACUGCGUCCGCAGGAGCCUCCCUUGCUCAAAGCCCAGCCGGAUAGCUCCGCCCCCAGGAAGAAAACAGCCAGUCAGGAGGAGGACCGGCAGCUUCGGGGCGUGUCCUCUAUAGGCCCACCCCCGAACGUCACUCUAGGUUUCCAGCCCUCCCUUUUCCCGGAAACCGGGCCGCUUCUUUUUAACUUGCCCGUGUGCCCAAAUAACACGUGA